GAGAGAGAUGCAGUAAAUUGAGCAAAGAUUACACACAGAAGUGCUGGAAAAACUGGGCUCUUUUAGCUCAUAAGGACAUCGUGCGCUUGAGAUGCCAGGCUGCUUGAAGUGAUUGCUUGGAAAACAGACAUUUCCAGCCUGGAAAUUCUUUUUUAUGCAGCAUGCCAUGCACAGAUCACACAAUGCACACAAACAUCAGCUUUAUAUAUAUUUUUCUUAUAAGUGAGUGUGCCGUUUUAUAAUUAUCAUCAUUUGUGGAAAGACAGGUGAGUUCUUAAUUUUGCUUAUGACUAAUAAUGCACGGUUUCUGAAUGAAUAUUUGAUAAAGUGAUGAGUCUCGUUUGGAUUAAAGAAGAGAAAAAAAAAGAUAGCAUUUGUGAUGAUGAAGCCAAGUUAAGAUAGGUCUACUGCAAGAUAGAUCGAACAGAGCAGAAAGUUUAAGGGAUUUAAGGAAUAUCAGGAGAUCUGUGGUUCCUUUUUGACUGAGAGCAGCGUUGAACUUUCCAUAUCUCCAGGAAGGCAGAGUGUUCAGCAUCCCCCGCAGACUGAGCUCUUUUCUUCUCGGGGUGAGGGACGGAUGCAGUGCGGCCGCGGCAUGCUGAAGGGCCGCUGCUGCUGUGUGCUCUUCCGGGACCUGCAGGUGCUGCUGCUCAGGGACAUGAGCGGACACCGAGACACCGAGGCUCCCAGCACGCAGACCCGGUCCACAGAAGACUCAGUGCUGGACACGGCGGUGGCAGAGCUCUCCAAAGAUAAACGGGAUGAGCGCUUCUCAUUUAUCAGCUACGCCGAGGGCACGCCGGUGUGCAGGAUCUGUUUUCAAGGGCCCGAGCAGGGGGAGUUGCUGAGUCCAUGUCGCUGUAGUGGCUCUGUCCGUAGCACUCAUCAGCCCUGUCUAAUUAAGUGGAUCAGUGAGAGAGGCUCCUGGACAUGUGAGCUUUGUUACUAUAAGUACCAGGUCAUCGCCAUAAGCACAAAGAAUCCCUUACAGUGGCAGGCCAUCUCGCUGACAGUAAUAGAGAAGGUUCAGAUUGCAGCAGCCAUCUUGGGCUCGCUGUUUCUCAUUGCCAGCAUAUCAUGGCUGGUGUGGUCUUCGUUCAGUCCUUCAGCCAAGUGGCAGCGCCAGGACCUGCUCUUUCAGAUCUGCUAUGGCAUGUAUGGCUUCAUGGAUGUGGUGUGUAUUGCUCUGAUUGUCCACGAGGGCCCUUCCGUCUUCCGCAUAUUCAAUCGCUGGCAGGCAGUAAACCAGAAAUGGAAAGUUCUGAACUAUGAUAAAAAGAGGGACAGUGAGGAGCUAAAGGCCAGCGAAGGCGAGUGGACUCUCUCUCUGCUCCACGAGCAGGAGCAGGCGGCGGCAGGUAUAUCACCGUCAACCUCCUCGUUAAUGGCUGCUGCGACAGCUCUUGAUACGCCAAACACCACAGCAGCAGGUCUCCCUACAGAGGACUCUACACACAACCACAGUAAUGACACUACAGGGACUGACCAUCACUGUCCUUAUAGCUUUUUUCAUCUCCUCAGUCACCUUAGGUCACAUGAGCUACGCCACCAGUCAGGAAACACCAGCAACACCAGCAACACCAGCAGCCAUCAGCCCAGAGAACUGGUCAUGAGAGUAACCACUGUGUGAGCAAAAAUGACACGCCUUAUCAUCGUGGACUUGGAAUGUCAAAAAGCACAAAGGGUGAACAUUUUAAUGGUCUUGUUUGAAUGGAAGAAAAGCACAAUUUAUGUCUGGCACACAGGAUGAAAUCUGGAUUGUGUAACUGUAAUGACACAAUUUGCUGCAGUAUUGCAGAUAAAAAAACAAGGUUUAUCUGUACCUUUACAAUACGACUUUGUCUCUCAGUCAACCUAUCACACAUUUACCUUCAUGUUUAAUUCAUUUAUCUGUAAAUGUGACCACAGCUGUCCGUCCACUGUCUCAGUCAGAAAGUCCAGACAGGGGAGAAGCUACUGAACCGCUGACACAGCUGGUCUCAUGUCUCUACUGUUAACAUUCUGUAUUAAACAACUGUACAGUCUGAAUGUUUACAGUUAGAAAUGGUUUAUCUCACAGGUGAACUGUUCUCAAGUGUUUUUUUCCCCCCGAAGUCACUGUAAAACUGAAAUUUCUAAAUAACCGAAGAGAUAGGACUCUUAUAAUAACUGUGCAUUUUUUAUUUUUUUUCCCUGGGGAAGGCAUUACUUUCUCAAUCAUAUGGGAUGCCAUGAAGUGCUUAUGUCCGAUGUUUCCUAUUUCCACAUGGUGUUUUGAGAUUACAUUUACCUUGUUGCCAUUUCAGUACUGAAAAGGAAAUAAACUUUAAAUAUACCAUUGCAAACAUGAACAUUCAUUUGAAUAUGAUUUACCUUUUAUAAUGAUAAACACAAAAUGGGGUGAAAUCACUGUUGGGGUCUUUAGAAUCAUUUCAGAGCAGGUGUGUUGGAGAUGAAUGAGCAGCAAGUGGUUUAAGAAGCCGGUAUCUACUGAUUUUCAGUGGCCACCAUCUGCGACCCCUGAAUAAUUCAGUACAUGAAGUGCUGAUAUCAAUGGGCUCGAGGUACAAUACAGCUUCCUUGGGAAAGCCUGGUGCUGAGAGUUCACAGUGAAUUAUUUUGCCCCAUUUCUCUUUGCACUUGUAUUGAUGUCAGCGUCUUUUGCUGCAGCACUCUUGGAAAUGAGUCAAAGUAGGAGGAAAGCCUGUUUGAGAAGUGAAUCAAAGGUCCAUGUCUUUUUUUUUUCCAUGAGGAGGAGAAGAUAUCAGACAUUUUGGCACACACUUUGCACCCAGGUCUUGUGCUGUUUUUAGUGCAUGAAAUAUUUUUUGGAAGGAAGAAAUAUGUUCGAGCAUUUAUUUUGUUGCUGAAGGUUUAAUGGUUCCUAUAACUGCUUGUGGCAAACCUGGUGUAGCUGUCAAAAUAAUGAACAGAUCUGUACAUUUCUGCUUGCAGUCCCAUUUUAUGGCAUAUUUCAGAAUCAGCAGUAAAUCAGUGGGGUUUAUUGGGUCAGGGUGACAUUCAUUCUUACAAGACAUAAGUGGCUUCGUGGAUGGGGAAGUGAGAUUUUUUUUGAUGACGUUGAACAUUGAUGAGGCGUUUGCCAGUGAUAAUUGAAGUUCUAACAUAGUAUUGGCUAUUUGGAACAUUUUGUGGGAAAAUCUACAAAUGUGCAAAGUUUACACAGAUGCACUUUUCAUAUCCAUACAUAUAUACACAAUAUAAUAUCCGGAAAUUAUAUUCAA